UUUCCUCCCUUUUUCCCACUGCCAUUUCUCCUCUCUCUCCCUCUUUUCCCUCUCCUUAGAUGAAACUACGCACAAUAACUAACCAAACCCAAAAAAGGGGAAAAUUAAUUUUAAGAUCCAAGAUCUGGACUUUCAGACACUAAAUGCUGCUGCUUUCCUUCUUCUCUUAUCUGAUCUAAGGUGAUUUUUCCAGAUCCCAUCAAGUUUCUGUUACCUAAUCAUAUUCUUUUGAACUAUUAAUCAUGCAAAGGAGGCAACCUACUUCCACGCGCCGCAAUGGAAGCUUUCCAUUUGCUGGGGCUCUAAACGCGAAAUCAAAAUCAUCUCCCCUGUUAUCUAUUUGCCUGGUCCUUGUGGGAGCAGUUCUUCUACUUGUCUAUGCAUUUAGUGGACCAGGUUCAUUUGGAGGCAACAAGAUAGUCAGCAAGAUUGAAGGUGAUUUUUCAUGCACAUUGGAGUUGUUGAAAGCAGUACCCAUCUUAAAGAAAGCAUAUGGCGAUAGUAUGAACAAAGUUUUGCAUGUUGGUCCGGAUACCUGCUCUGUGGUAUCCAAGCUAUUGAAAGAAGGUGAAACAGAAGCAUGGGGCAUAGAACCAUAUGAAAUUGAGGAUGUCGAUGGAAACUGCAAAUCACUUGUGAACAAAGGCAUUGUUCGUGUGGCGGAUAUCAAAUUCCCUCUACCCUAUAGAGCAAAGUCAUUUUCUCACGUUAUUGUGUCAGAUGCAAUGGAUUACCUAUCCCCCAAAUACCUGAACAAAACUCUUCCGGAAUUUGCAAGGGUUUCUUCUGAUGGUCUUGUUAUAUUUUCUGGUUCACCUGGUCAGCAGAAAGCAAAAGUAAACGAGCUAACAAAGUUUGGACGGCCGGCCAAAAUGAGGAGCUCGUCUUGGUGGAUUCGAUUUUUCACCCAAACAAGCUUAGAAGAGAACGAAGGCGCUGCCAAGAAAUUUAAGCAAGCAGCAUCCAAGCAGUCUUACAAGCCCGGCUGCCAAGUUUUCCAUCUCAAUUCAUACCAUUGAUAUCAAAUCAUAAGAUAUGAAAUCAUUUCUUACCCUCUUUUUUGUCUCUUUCUCUUGUCAUUCUUAUGUUAUAAACAAACAUAAAAGAAGCUAGACAGGUGGAGAAUCAGCAAUUGAUGUACGCGUUUUUUUCCUUUUUCUUUUUCUUCUUUGGGUGGUGGGAUUGGGGAAAUGUCAUUGGCACAAUAUUGUCAACACGGGAGACUUUAGUGUUCUCAAGGUUACUAUAUAUAUAUAUAUAUAUUAAUUAUUUUUAUU